AAUCUUCGGACCCAUCCACCACGCUCACCACGCUCUAUGCCGUUGGCGGGCGCGUCCUAGCCAUAAUGGAUGUACGCGGCCUCGCCCAGGGCAUCUUGCUGCUGCACAUUCUCAAAGGCGUCAUUCUGCUCGAUCUUCAGGGACCAGUGUUCUUGAGCGAACCGCCGUACAAGGUAGAAUUCUCCAACAACUCGGGCGGCCUCAUCGACUGCACCGGACAUGGCAGCCCUCCACCGGAUGUCGAGUGGUCGGUAGCGACGACCAACCACGAGCUGGUCUACACGCUGCCGAACGGAAGUCUGAUUUUUUACCCAUUUUCUGCGGACAAAUUUCGUCACGAAGUUCACUCCACAGUGUAUAGAUGUAAAUUAAAAAACUUAGUCGGUACUAUCUUAAGCCGGGAAGUGCACGUCAAAGGAGUUGUGAACCAAAAGUACAACAUUCAGGUGCACGAUGAGUAUGUGAUGUCGGGAAACACGGCCGUUUUGAAGUGUCAGGUGCCAAGCUACAUACAGGACUUUGUGGUGGUAACGGCCUGGGUACAGGACUCGGGCGUCCAUCUCUACCCGAACACGGACAUCGGUGGCAAGUACAUCGUCCUGUCGAAUGGCGAUCUGUACAUCAACAAUGCCGGUGCGAGCGAUGCGUACAAAACGUACUCAUGCAGAACUGUAAAUAGACUAACAGGUGAAAUACAAAUAUCAACAUAUCCAGGUCGAGUGAUAGUGACCGAACCGAAAGGACUAGUACAACCUAGAAUUAACGUGGAAAAACACUCACUCAAGCACGUGGUAGUGAACGCACCCGUCACACUGCCCUGCGUCGCCCAGGGCCACCCGGUGCCCACCUACCGGUGGUUCAAGGAGGUAAAGGACCAGAUCAUGCCGCUGCAGCUGAACGAACGCAUCAGCAUCGUGUCGGCCGGUUUGCUCAAGAUCGCAAAGGCACGGCUCGAGGACAGUGGGAAGUAUCUGUGCUGGGUGAAUAAUACUGCCGGGGAGGAAACGAUACAGGUGUCCUUGACGGUGACGGCACCGCUAACGGCACACCUGCAGCCGCAGGUGCAGACGGUGGACGUUGGUAAGGAUGCGCAGUUUCAGUGUAUUAUAUCGGGCUUUCCGGCACAUGAGGUGCUGUGGAUGCAUAAUGGGAAACCGAUCGUGCGAGACAGCCGGAUCGAGAUUUAUACCGAUGUGCCGCGGAUAGUGAUCAAGAGUGUACAGAAAGAGGAUCAGGGCAUGUACCAGUGCUUUGUGGCGAACGAAUGGGAGCAGAUACAGUCAACGGCGGAGCUGCAGCUUGGGGAUGCAACUCCCGAGCUACUUUACUGGUUCUCGGAACAAACGCUACAACCGGGACCGACCGUAUCGCUCAAGUGCGUGGGUACCGGCAACCCGCCACCUCAGUUCACUUGGAAGCUAGAUGGAUUUCCGAUUCCCGAUAGUCCACGGUUUGUAGUCGGUCAGUACGUCACCAUCCACGACGAUGUCAUCAGUCACGUGAACGUUUCGAACGUGAAGGAGGAGGACGGUGGCGAAUAUACGUGCGUGGCACAGAACAGCAUAGGAAAAGUGUCACACAGUGCCAAAGUGAACAUCUAUGGGCUUCCAUAUAUACGCGAGAUGCCAAAAAUAACUGGCGUCUCGGGACACGAUCUCAUCAUCAAGUGCCCGGUCGCCGGUUACCCAAUCGAUAAGAUCCACUGGGAGCGAGACGGUCAAACGCUUCCAAUAAACCGACGCCAACGAGCCUACAACAACGGUACGUUAAUCAUUGAGCAGCUUCAGCUAGCAGAAGAUGCCGGCACCUACACCUGCAUGGCCCAGAAUAAGCAGAAACAAACGGCACGGCGAAAUGUCGAGAUACAGGUGAUCGUACCACCGAAGAUUAUGCCUAUACAGGCAAUGACAAACAUGCUGCGUGAGGGUAUGCGUGCCGCUAUCUCUUGCCAAAUAUUGGAGGGUGACCUGCCGGUUAACUUUCGCUGGGAACGGAACGGGAAACCGGUACUCGGUACCGGGAAUGAGGUGAUCCGACGGUUAGAUGAGUAUAGUACGAGUUUGGUUAUCGAACACAUUACGUCGGAGUACUCGGGGAACUAUACGUGCAUCGCGAGUAAUGUUGCUGGCAGUGAGAGUUUCACUGUGCCACUUACGGUUAAUGUUCCUCCCAAGUGGAUUCUUGAGCCUAAGGAUUCGAGUGCCCAAGCGGGACAAGAUGUGGCGCUCCAUUGCCAAGCUGGUGGACAUCCACAGCCGACCGUAACGUGGAAAAAAGCAAUCGGAAAUACGCCGGGCGAGUAUAAGGAUUUCCUGUAUGAGCCGAACGUAUCGUUGCAUACGAACGGGACGUUACAGUUUCGUAAAAUAGCCAAAGAUUCGCAGGGUCACUUUUUGUGUGAGGCGAAAAAUUCUAUCGGGACCGGUGUUAGUAAGGUUAUUUUCCUUAAAGUUAAUGUGCCUGCUCAUUUUACCACCAAAAACAAGCAAAUCACCUCACCGCGCAAUAAACAGAUCCACAUCCAGUGCAAUGUGCAGGGUGACAACCCGAUCGACAUCAAGUGGAAGAUGCAAAGCUCCCAGCAGCAGCUAGAUGAAUCGCUCGACAAUCGGUACAACAUCCGGGAGCAAGUGCUGGACGAUGGGAUGGUGUCGGAGCUCGGUAUCUCUCACACCUAUCGGCAAGAUACCGGCGUCUACAUAUGCCAAGCGUCGAACGCUUUCGGUCAAGAUGAAAUGUCGAUCCACCUGGUUAUCCAGGAAGUGCCUGAAGCACCCAAGAACCUUCGCAUCAACUCGCAACAAUCACGCACACUACAACUAUCCUGGAGUCAACCGUUCGCUGGUAACAGUCCUAUCGAGAAGUACAACGUGGAGUACAAGCUGGUAACGGAACCGUGGCAAUCGGCCGAACACAUCACCGUCGCCGGUACACAAACCGUGAUCACGCUGCAAAACCUUAAACCCGCUAAAGCGUACCAUCUGCGCAUUUCGGCCGAAAAUAAACUUGGCGCUUCGGAGUACUCGGAAGUGAUUCAGGUUACAACGCUAGAAGAAGUACCUUCGGGGCCACCGCUUAACAUCAAGGGUGAACCGAAGAGUUCCACCGAAAUCUUUCUCUCCUGGGAAGCACCCGAUCGGGAUCAGUGGAAUGGGAACCUGUUGGGUUACUACGUCGGGUAUCAGGUGGCAGCUAAUCCGAACGAUCGUGAGAUAAAUCCGACUCAAGGAUUUAAUUUUAAGACGGUUGAGGUGCGGAGUCAUUUUGGUGGUGAGACAACGCUUCAGAACCUUAACAAGUGUACCACGUACAAUAUAGUAGUGCAGGCGUACACUAGCCAGGGUAGCGGACCUCCGAGCAAGGAGAUCUCGCUCGGAACAUUGGAGGAUGUACCUUCCAGUGCGCCGGACAGUCCAAAGUGUGAUGUGCUUAGUUCGACCUCGAUCUACAUCACCUGGUCUCCACCGCCGGUUGAUGGACAGAACGGAAAGAUUCGGGGUUAUAAAGUGUCCUACAUUGAGAUGGAUGAUCUUUACGAGAAAGAACCGUACACAUCGAAAACCAACAAUCAGUACCUUACGUUGGAGAAUUUGAAAAAGUUCACCAACUACACGUUCUGGGUGUUAGCAUUCACGAAAGUUGGAGACGGUGUGCGAACGAAUCCGUUCCACUGUAUCACUCAGGAGGAUGUGCCAAGUGCUCCGAGUGCACUGAAAGCGGUCCCAUCGUCGAGCACCAAGAUCAUUAUCUCCUGGUUGCCACCUGCCCAUCGGAAUGGUCUCAUCACCGGCUACACCUUCUACAUGUCUCUGGUCGAUGGGGGCCGUGACGAAGGCACUCACAAACGCUCACUCGUCCCGUACGCCGAAAGCCACGAAACGGUUCGGCUGCAGGAACACGCCACCUAUCAGUUUUGGCUCACAGCUUCUACGAAAGUCGGUGAAGGUGAAAAGUCUGAAGUAAUCACCGUACCGCCUAACAACAAGGUACCCGCAAGGAUAGUUUCCUUCAGCCAGGAGAUUGUAACACCUUGGAAGGAAACGUUGAUUCUACCCUGUCGGAAGGUUGGUGUUCCAGCACCGGUUACCAUCUGGCGACAGGAUGAUCAACCGAUGGACACCGGAACUCGCAAACUGAUCGCAAAGAAUGGAACGCUCUACAUCAAGGACUGUCAGCAUUCGGAUGCGGGAAAUUAUACUUGCAGUGUGGAAAACACCUGGGGCCGGGAUGAGAUUGUGUAUCGCAUUCGGAUCCGAGUGCCACCAGAUCCUCCUACCCUAACGAUCGUCAACACGUACACCGAUAGCCUGUUGCUUGAGUGGACGGAUAAUCGGAACGGAGGAUCACCGGUGCUUGGGUACGUCAUUAACUACAAGCGUGAGAACGGUGACUGGGAAGAGUUACAGAUCGAUUCCAAAACCAACACACAUUUGUUGGUGAAUCUUUGGUGUGGUACACGCUAUCAGCUAUACAUCACGGCCUACAACAAGAUCGGCACUGGACUGCCGUGUGAUAUCGUUCAUUCGCACACAAAGGGAUUGCCACCCGUACAGCCGAAACAUUCGCAAAUGAUCACCAACAAUUCGACCAGUGUGACCUGUUGGCUUGAUUCGUGGGGUGAUGGCGGAUGCGGCAUACUGCACUUUUCAAUCGAGAACCGUUUGUAUGGGCGGGCGCAGUGGAAUAUGAUCGCUAGCCAUGUGGAAGCUACCGAGCGCAUAUUUACUGUAACGGAUCUGCAACCAGCGACAAAGUAUCAGCUACGUGUUACGGCCUACAAUAAUGCUGGGGCAACGAUGGCUGUUUACAACUACACCACGCUCACCGCACAGGGUGUGAUGGUGUAUCCUGACAUAACCAAUCCAGUCUCCCCGCACAUGGGUGAGAAUCCGUUCUAUGCCAACUUUAAGGUCAUCCUACCACUAUGCCUAUCGAUUUUGAUACUGUUUGCCCUCGUAGCUGCGGCACUCCUGAUACGGAAGAGAAAGCUCAACAACCAGAACCGUAUUCCAUCAACCUCAAUGUCGGAAUCUCCAUCGAUCGCGAACAUCCAGAAUAAGCACAACCGGGACCAGCAGUAUCUGGCGGUGAGGGCCCAACAAGCAAGCCGUAACAGUAACUCCGUUGACUCGGGCAGCUAUAAAGCCGAGGGAAAUGAGUAUAUUGAAGACAUUUGCCCGUAUGCAACCUUUCAGCUGAACAAGCAAACGUACAGCGAAAGUUCAUACAGUGGAAAUGUCUACAGUGGACCAUAUCACUCGGUAAGAGGAUCAUUUGUGUAUCAUGAUGUUAAAACCGAAAGCUAUCAUAACAAAGAGCCCGAGUACACGAAAGUACGCAGAAAGGGCGGAUCUCGGCUCCGAGAUCCGGCCACCUCGGAACCAAUAGAUAUAAAUCAAUUUAUAGAAUCAGACAAUCCCGGAUCCACAGAUUCCGAAGUUAGGAAGAUACUAACACUUCAUAUACCGAUUACAGAAUAUGAUACACUCGGUUCCGAAUCUGACAACGAUAUUGCCUCGCGCUCCAACCAGUCCAACUACCGUCACCAUCGUGACACGCAAGACGAAACGUCUUCGUCUUCCGAAAACUCUCCCUCGAGCAUAUCGAGAAAAUCCAAACCACCCUAUCCACCGAGAAAGUCUGCCAAAGCACAGUCGCAAAACCUACCGAAGCGGCACGUGCGUAGCUCUAGCGGGUACUCUAGCCACAACGAAGAAACUACUUUCAGUAUAUCGAACUAUCCUAACUAUUCCGAUCACAUAACACCGCCGGCCCGCUUUUCGGAUCUGCUCGGCCGGGAUGCAACGCUGGCCGUAUCGUCCGUAAAUCCAUCAAGUUUGGGCAGUGCCACGGAGAUCGGAAGCAACGUCGUGGGCAAAAAGUCGAGCAACCAUUCGCCCCGACCACGUGCCAAUCAGAAACUGCAACGGGAAGCGUUUCAGAUUAAUGUGUAA